AAAUCUGAAAUUAGAAACAUAUCAGGUACGGGCGCUCUGUUCGUUCGAAAAGCGUCCGCCUAGUAACAGGAGGUAUUCACGUGAUCAUCUAGUAUCUGUCUGGUGCAUCUUUUUUUAAACCGUUUACAAAAAUUUAUCUUAUCUUCCUCGAUGUACAUUGUAAAAUAAAACUUGUUGCGAUAAGCUCUGUAUCUUCUUUCCGCGGUAUUUUUGCUUUUACUUGUGUGAUCGAUUUUUGUGAUGAAAGUGUCAAUAAAUAUGUUACAAUUGCGAGCUUUGAAUGUAGUUAAGUUAAUCGUUAACAUCGAUUGUAAAAUAUCGCAGUUUUCAACGUCAUACAUCACUCGCAGAACAAAUCAUACGAAAGUCAUCCCUCGCUUAAGUAUACAAGUCAAAAAUUUCAACUGCAAAAUAUGUUCGUGUGUAAAACAAGCAUAUUCAGCAAUGAAUAUAGACACUAGUUUGCAUAUAUUACCCAACAAUCAACCUAUUGUUACCUUGGAUUGUGAUGUUGCUCUUAAAGCUUUGACACAAGAGGAAAAAUUGUAUGUUCAUUAUUUGAGUCAAGCAGCAUGGCACGGAGGACUGAUAGUAUUAAUACAAACAUCACCAGAAUCUCCAUUGAUAUUUGCAUUAUUGCACAAAAUUUAUAUUGCCGAACCUAUCAAUGAGUUGAAAGAUUCCUCACUACGUGCCAAUGUCACAGAAGAUGAGUUUACUGCUUUUUUAGUUUAUUCUUGUGGUGUAUUUUCAAAUUCAGGCAACUAUAAAUCUAUGGGCGAUACUAAAAUCAUCCCAAAUCUCCCCAAAACUGCAUUUGAGACAAUAGUGAAAGUUUCAAAAGCUUACAACAAUAAUUCAGCAGAAAUACAAGAUAUAUUGGAUAAAAUAUCCCAUACUCUAUAUUCUUUGGACGACAAUGAGAAAGCAUUGGGAUUUAGAAAUAAAGGUAUCACAACUUAUUUCUCUGCAAAUUGUACCAAAGAAGAUGGAGAUAAAGUCAAUGCAUUCAUGGAACACAAAGGAUUAGAAUCCUAUAAUGCUAGAUGUUUUAAGACAACCGUUAAUGAUCUUGCACUAAGCGAUGGUAAAGUCGAUGUGUACGAAAUCAGAUUGGCAUCAGUGGAAACUUCAGAUGAUCCUAGAGUAACGCUACCUGAAGAAACAUUUCAGAAUGCCAAAUUUAAGAUUACACGGGGCGAUUACAGCAAACUUCUGGUGGAUGUUGUAGAAAACCUUGUAAAAGCUAAAGAACAUGCAUCUAAUCAGAUCGAAAAAGAUAUGCUGGCUAAAUACAUUGAUCAUUUCAGAACGGGAUCAUUGGAAGAUCACAAAAAUGGUUCUCGUUUGUGGAUUAAGGAUAAAGGACCGGCUAUCGAAACUUACAUUGGUUUUAUAGAAACAUAUAGAGACCCUGCUGGACAACGUGGAGAGUUUGAAGGUUUCGUAGCAGUGGUGAAUAGAAUAAUGUCCGAAAAAUUCGCGACAUUGGUCAAUAGAGCUGAAGAAUUUAUUCCUAAACUACCGUGGAGCAAGGAUUUUGAAAAGGAUACAUUUUUGAGACCGGAUUUCACUUCUUUGGAUGUUGUAACAUUCGCGGGUUCUGGUAUACCGUCGGGAAUAAAUAUCCCGAAUUAUGAUGAGAUCAGACAGGCUGAGGGUUUUAAAAAUGUAUCUUUAGGGAACGUUAUACCCGCACAUAUGAAAGAUGUUCGUGGAAUCGCGUUUCUGUCUGAAGCUGAUCAAGAAUUAAUGCAGAAGUAUAGAACAAUCAGCUUUGAGGUACAAGUAGGUUUGCACGAACUUCUAGGUCAUGGAACUGGUAAAUUAUUAAAACAGACAGGUCCGAAUACUUACAAUUUUGACCGUGAAAAUAUGAAGAAUCCUCUAACCGGCGGUAACAUAGAUAAGUUCUUCUUGAAAGGCGAAACUUACGACUCCAAGUUCGGCGCAAUGGGAUCCUCAUAUGAGGAAUGCAGAGCAGAGGCUGUUGGUCUUUAUUUGAGCUUGGAAAACGAAGUGUUGCGUAUAUUUGGCCACGAAGGACAGGUAGCAAGCGACAUAACAUAUGUAAACUGGUUAUCUCUAUUGUGGACUGGUUUUGCAAAGGCUUUUGAAAUGUAUCAACCAUCUACUGGAACGUGGUCGCAAGCUCAUUCUCAAGCUCGCUAUGUUUUGCUUAGGGUGUGUUUGGAAGCAGGUGAAAACUUUGUGAACGUCGUUGAAACUGAAGAAGGAACGAAUCUUCGGUUGACCGUCGAUCGCAGCAAACUCGCCACUGUUGGUAAAAAAGCUAUUGGUGAUUUCCUCUUAAAAUUGCAAGUUUACAAGAGCAUGGGAGAUGUAGAGUCGGCUAAGAAAAUGUACGAAAGAUACAGUGAAGUACCUAAUGACGGACCGUAUCCAUGGGCUCGCUGGAGAAACAUAAUCCUAGCUCGCAAAGAACCAAGGAAGAUAUUUGUUCAAUCAAACACAUUUAUUGAAGGUUCCAAUUCUAAUAAUGUAGUACUGAAAAGUUACGAACCAACAUUCGCGGGACUCAUUCAAUCGUGGAUAGACAGAUUUCCGAGUUCAAACACAUCUCAAACCCUGAUAGAGCUUUGGCACAAGGACAAACAUCAUUUUAUCACUAACUAAUGAAUACGAGUUCUUAUGUCAGGUUCCGAUUAUUAAAAGUGUUAAAAAUUCCAAGAAAAGUAACAUGUGAAGAAAAAUUCCAACUUUUCUUCAUAUGUUCUUUUUUAUGUUAUACAAUACGUAAGAUUUUCUCUUUUUUCAAUUUUUAUAUAUUUUGCACUGUGCAAUAGCAUAACACUUCCGGUGGUGGUUUUGAUCUUGUAUAUUUACUCAUAUUACCUAUAUUUUUACCUUCAAAAAAUAUAAAAGGACCUGUUAGAACAACUGAGAGUUGGUUUGAAGGUAGGCCCUCUAAUCCAAUUUCAACUUUAGUUUGAUUAUAUACAUAUAUAGUUGCGUUAUAUAAGUAACGCAAUAUUUUGUCUCUCUUCAGUUGAUAACUCGACUUGGUACUCAAAAGUCCCCCAAAAAAACUCAAAUUAGAACUUUCAAAAGCCGUAAUUUUGUACUAAGACUACUAAAUUAAUAGGCUAGUCUAUAUUAUAAUUUCUAAAAAUAAUUGAUACAUUCUGAACUGACACAAUUUUAUUGCGCUAAAUAUUUUGUCUGAUUUCAAAUCUUAUUCUUGUCCAAGUUUUUUUUCGUAUAU